AAAAAAAAAAAAAGAAAGAAAAGAAACGAAAAGAAAAAGGAACGUACACGAGGAGCAUCGGAGGCGCAAGAGUGCUCCAACAGGAAGGUACUUUUGACUGACAAAAGCAGUAUAAAGAAAAAGCAUGGAAUCGAAUUACAUCCGAUUCACUGCCUUGUCAGGCGCAAAGUCAGAAUCAGCUCUCUGCUAUUUGCUCGAGAUUGAUGAAGCAAAGAUCUUGCUUGAUUGUGGAUGGAACGAUGCAUUCAACGUGGAGGAUCUCAGGCAACUUAGGAGGAUCGCAAAGGAUGUCGACGCUUGUUUACUCUCACAUUCAACACUUCAUCAUUUGGGCGCGUUGGCCUAUGCGAGGUCCUAUUUGGGCUUACGGGCGCAGACUUAUGCAACCUUCCCAGUGAUGGAUAUGGGUCGCCUGUCACUCUACGACAUAUGGCAAUCAAAACGAGCAACUGAGGAUUUCAGAACGUUUAAUCUGGAAGAUAUUGAUCAAGCCUUUGAGGCUAUUACCUGCCUUAGAUACCAGCAACCAACCGAUCUAGGAGGUAAAUGUAAAGGUAUCACGAUCACAGCAUCAUCUGCAGGACAUACAGUUGGGGGAACCAUCUGGAAGAUCUCGAAAGAUACAGAAUCAAUCCUGUAUGCUGUUGAUUAUAACCAUCGCAAAGACAAACAUUUGGAUGCAACAGUUCUGUUGCAGCCGGAUGGAAAUGCUCCUCAGGAAUUCUUAAGACCAUCCUUGAUGAUCACGGAUGCUUACAACUCGGAACAGCUCCUGCAGCCUUCUCGCCCUUCUAGGGACCGAGCUCUUUUAGAGUCAACGGUAGCAACAAUCAACAAUGGCGGAUCUGUCCUGCUUCCGACCGAUUCUUCAACACGAGUUUUAGAAUUGGCCUACAUGUUAGAUUCUUACUGGAUGGCAAAUCGAAUCCGACACCCUCUAAUCCUUCUCACAAACUUUUCAUAUCGAACUGCUCAUUUUGCGACCUCAAUGAUGGAAUGGAUGGGAGAUACAGUCCGCUCUCAAUUAACAGAUACACGUGAGAACCCUUUUCAAUUCAAGUACUUGCGACUCUGUCAACGACUUUCGGAUUUAGAUAAAUAUACUGGGCCCAAAGUCAUUUUGGCGUCAAAUCUGUCAAUGGAAACUGGGUUUUCUCGGGAGGUGUUCUUAAAAAUGGAUAAAUGGUCAGAGAAUCCCAAGAAUACAUUGAUCCUGACAGAGAGAGCUCUUCCAGGAGAAUUGGCUAGAUACCUUUACGAUGAGUGGAAACAAGGUGUGGGCGAGCUAGAGAAUAAAGAGGUUGGAAGUGAAGUUCAAUUGGAUAGUGUUCUCCGAUUACAAGUGGACCGCAAGGUACCGCUGGAAGGCCAGGAGCUGGCAGAUUUCUUAGCAGCACAGGAGGCUCGACAGGAACGAGAGCGCGCAGAUGCAGCAUUGCUAGAACGGAGUCGGCGAACAUUACUAGAAGAAGAGAACGAUAGCGAUGAUGAUGAAGGGUCUAUGGAUGGAGAUAACAGCAUGAUGAUUGAAACAGAUACGUUGUUGUCCAAGACAGGAAGCCAUGAUGUGUAUAUGAAGGAUGCAACCAAGUCUGGUGGAUUCUUCAAGCAAACUCAGAGUUAUCGUAUGUUUCCGUAUGUGGAGCGAAGGAAGAAGAUUGAUGAUUAUGGAGAAAGCAUUGUGGCCGAACAUUUUUUAAGUGCUUCGUCUAGUGCACUUCUCUCACUUUCGGCAUCGGACGGCCGCGGGGAUGUGGAUGCUAAUGGUGAUACUCACAUGGGGGCAGAUGACGGGACUAAUGUUGAUGAAGAUGGCAAUGUGUUAGGAGAGGAAAGAGAAGGAGAAAACAUUGGAGCAGAUGGAAAGGACAAAUAUAUCGACUCUGACAUGGUCCAUCCAGAAGAUACUGUGCCUUCAAAAUACGAAACCUCAGAGGAAGAUAUCAUUGUCAAGUGCAAAGUGCGGUAUGUAGAUAUAGAAGGCCGUGCAGAUGAAAGCGCUAUGAAGACUAUCUUGCAAGCCAUUGCACCAAGAAAGCUGAUCCUAAUCCAUGGAACGGAAUUAAAGACAGAAUCCUUGUGUAAAACCUAUCUUGAGCUGUCGGAUAUGACACGCGAAAUCUAUACACCUUCGAUUGGUGAGGUCCUCAAUGUCUCUGAAGUGACCAACAUGUACAAAAUCAACUUGACAGAUGCACUUUUGAGUUCUUUAUCAUUCUCGACUCUAGGCGAGUAUGAUCUGGCCUAUCUUGUGGGCCAAGUUCAGAUCCCACCAGGAUCAAACGCUCCAAAACUUAUCACUGCUGAAACUACUGGAGAAAUUUCGGACCAACAGCUGCAACAACAACAUGCGCUUCAACUUCAGAUUCAACAACAGCGCUUGGAAUUACUGGCACGAGAGCAUAAACCAGUCUUGGUGGGCGAUGUCAAGUUGACAGAGUUCAAGAACAGAGUGCUGAAGCAAGCGGGUAUCGAAGCAGAGUUCAUGGGUGAUGGAGUGUUGGUCUGCAAUGGGGUCGUGGCCCUCCGCAAAUCAGACACAACCGGUCAGAUAUUAUUGGAGGGUUCUCCUAUGAGUCAAGAUUAUUAUCAAGUCCGGGAAUUGCUCUACAAACAGUUUGCUAUCCUGUAA